AUGGAGCUGCUGCCAUGUCUGCGAUUCGCGGCCGCUGUGGCCAUUCUGGCGGUCGCAACAUGGCCACCGACCCACUGGUGGGGGGGUCCCAGUGAAGCCUCGACAGGGGACACAUCUCUUGAGAGCACACAGGGGCCAGAGGGGCGCGUGGAUGAGGGGAACGUCGCGGUUGCACCAGGAACACGAGGUCCGUCCGUAGUUGUGUUCGAGUCGCGCAGCACCAAAAAACUCUGCCUGGGAAUUUCUGUCGCUGCACUGUUUGCGCUGACCUCCAAGAAUUGCUUCAACUCUCUUGGACCCAAUCCCCACGUUCACGUGGCAGAGCUGAAUGGAUCUGGAGGCUGGAAACUAAUUAAGCUUCAG